UUCAAAGUAUGAUGUUUAUCCCCCUUUCUGCUUCAUCGUUUUUUUCGGAUUUUACGUGUUUUUGCCGUGGCUUUUCAUCUGAGAGAAUUCACAAAAAGGCAAACAAACUAUCGUAUUGUUCUCCUGUCAAUUAAGAACGAAGACAAUAAUAGAUCUGUUCUAGGUACUAGUGAAAUAGUCUCUCAAGUGUUUUGUAGUUUUUCCCUUUCAUAGAUAUAGACAAUUCUGAUUUCCUGUAAAUGAACACUCAUAAGAUUGAGUGCCAAGAGCCAAACAAUGGAUGUUUGAGUGAUUAUCCUUUUGAAUUAUCUGAUUGCUCCUCUGGAAGUUUUGGUUCUCGGCAGUCUUUGAACAUGGGAGUUUGUUUCCAAUUUCCAUCAUCAGCCAUUGGAGGAGGAUCUCUACUUGAAAACAGGACUGCUAAUCCAGCUGGUACAGUUUCAAGUCAUUUCGGAUCAACAACUUCUACUUUUUAUACAGCUGAAGACUACAUAGAUUUUCCACAGUGCCAGUAUCAAGUUGACACACUCCCGUGGUGCCCCCAGGUUCCCCAGAAUUAUGAUCUAGCAAUUCCAUCAUUACAGCCUUAUGAGGAUCCCCUCUCUAUUAACUCAGCAAAGCAUGAUGAUAUUGACCUUCAAUCAAGGGAUACCUUGCAAUCUGUUGUGAAACUUCCAUUGCAUAGCAAUCAGCAACCCGUAUUUUGUGAUGACUCCAAUACAAUCUCCUCAAGAAAUUUGCCAGGGAGUGACCAUCUCCCUCUUCUGCAAAAUAAGUUGGCAGGUGAGGAAGCCACCUUGGACAGUAGGCACCUCUCAGUCCCUAUCCAAAGAAGCCAGAAUCCUAGAGUUGAUUGUAAUCCAUUCAACCCUCCUCUAGUACAGCCGAGCUUCCAUCAUCAGCCAGACAGGCAAUCUCCAAGACCUACAUCCGGGGGUGUUUCUUAUACUUCUGGCAGUCCUGUUUCAUCUGGAGCAGCAGCCUCAAGUAAAACACGGAUUAGAUGGACUCAAGAUCUUCAUGUGCGGUUUGUUGAAUCUGUGAAUCGUCUUGGAGGUGCAGAGAAGGCAACUCCGAAGGGAAUCCUGAGGUUGAUGGACUCUGAAGGGCUGACUAUCUUCCAUGUGAAAAGCCAUUUGCAGAAAUAUCGAACUGCCAAGUACAUGCCAGAAUCUGCAGAAGGAAAAUCUGACCGGAAAACAUUGUCGAAUAACAUAACUCAGAUUGAUGCAAAAACUGGCUCGCAAAUCACGGAAGCACUGCUACUGCAACUAGAUGUACAGAGGUGUCUCCAUGAACAAUUAGAGAUUCAGAGAAAUCUACAAGUGCGGAUUGAAGAACAAGGGAGACAACUCAAAAUGAUGUUUGAAGAGCAGCAGAGGAAAACAAACAACAGCCUUUUUCAGACUGGGAACCUGGAUAACUUGUUCCCUGAAAAGUUAAAUAGUCUCGAGGAUAUUCAGGUUUCUGCUGUCGGAGAACAAUCUGAGAGUACCCACUUCCACUCUGAAAUGAGUUGAUUAGCUUCUGGUUCUGCAUUCUUUGAUCUCUAACUUUGUAAGCAGGGCCUAGAAUGGUUCAUCAAAAUAUCAAAGUUCUGUGGCAAAGAUGAACCACUCCAACUCCACUGUAACUCAUAGCACACAGAUUUACUUCGUGAUCUUACUACAACUAAUGUUCCAGGGAGAUGUAUUUUCUUCUGGAUUGAGUUUUCCUUCAGCAGUGGUGAAAAGGAAUCUCUUCAGUCAAUAUCCAUCAUUGUGAUUGGAUGGACUUUGGGAAC